AUGAAUCGGUCGCGAGUGGUGAAACGCACACGGGGUUGGACCCGUCACACUCCUCGGUCGAGGGUUUGGGCCCGGCUUCAGGGUUCAGGGUUCGUGGGUCGUGGCCACUUACCAAGCGCGCGCCCCGAGGCCCUCGGCGCCGCGCACCGCGAGUCCAAAACUUUCGGCGUCGCCAUGCCGACCGUCAACCUCAACCGCGAUGAGCUCAUGCGUCGCCUCGGCAAGGAGUACACCGAGGAGGAGUUCGACGAGCUGUGCUUCGAGUUCGGCAUCGAGCUCGACGAGGUCACCUCCGAGAAGCAGAUCAAGGACAAGUUCCUGGGCGAGAGCGGCGCGACCGGCGCGGGUGGCGACGACGCGGAGGACGAGGAAAUCUACAAGAUCGACAUCCCCGCCAACCGUUACGAUCUUCUCUGCAUGGAGGGCAUCUCCCGCGCCCUGAACGUGUUCCGCGGGGUGGAACCUUCGCCCGUGUUCCGGAUGCUGGAACCAGCGAACGGCGCGCCGAGGCAACGGAUGAUCCAAAAGCCGGAGACGUUGCUCGUCAGGCCCUUCGUCGUGUGCGCCGUGCUCCGCGGCGUCAAGUUCGACAAGGCUCGCUACGACUCUUUCAUCGAUCUCCAGGAUAAGCUGCACCAGAACAUCUGCCGCAAACGCACGCUCGUCGCCAUCGGCACGCACGACCUCGGCACGAUUCAAGGACCAUUCUCCUACGAGGCGCACCCCCCCGAGGAUAUCAAGUUCACGCCCCUGAAGCAGACCCGCGAGUUCAACGCGGCCGAGCUCAUGGAACACUACAAGUCCGAUCAGAAACUCAAGCACUUCCUACACAUCAUCGAGGGAUCCGUGGUGUUCCCCGUCAUCUACGACGCGAACAGGACGGUGCUGUCGCUGCCGCCCAUCAUCAACGGAGCACACUCCGCAAUCUCGCUGGACACCACCGACGUCUUCAUCGAGUGCACCGCCACGGACCUCAACAAGGCGAAGAUCGUGCUCAACACCGUCGUCACCAUGUUCUCCGAGUACUCCGCCGCCAAGUUUUCCGUCGAGCCCGUGGACGUGGUGGACUCCUCCGGAGCCGAGCGGGCGUAUCCGGAUUUUAUGACCCGGUUCGUAGACGUGGAUCCGGAGUACGUCCGGAAGCGAAUCGGCGUGACCGAGACCGACAUCGACACCAAAGCCAUGGCCGCGCUGCUCUGCCGCAUGCAGCUCCCCACGAAAAUCGACGAUACACGGGGAGGGACGCUGCGCGUGGAGGUGCCGCCGACGAGGUCCGACAUCCUCCACCCGUGCGACGUCGCGGAGGACGUCGCCAUCGCGUACGGCUACAACAACAUCAACAAGGAGAAGGUUGGACCGAACGUGACGACCGUCGGCGCGCAGCAGCCGCUGAACAACUUCAGCGACUUGGUGCGCCAGGAGAUGGCGGCGCAGGGUUUCGCCGAGGUGCUGACGUGGAUCCUGUGCUCGCACGACGAUAAUUUCGCCAACGUGUCGCGAGCCGACGACGGAAAGCUCGCGGCGAUUGUCGCCAACCCCUCGUCGCAGGACGUCCAGGUGGCGCGGUCGUCGCUGCUGCAGGGCGUGCUGAAGGCGAUGGGCACCAACAAGGACGCGCCGGUCCCCGCGAAGCUCUUCGAGGUUGGUGACGUCGUGCUUCUCGACGAGUCUCGAGACGUCGGCGCCAGGAACUCGCGGCGGCUGCUGGUGCUCUACAGCAACACGACGUCCGGCUUCGAGGUUGUGCACGGCGCGCUGGACCGCGUGAUGCUCGUCACCGGCGCCGCCAAACCCGGUGUUGACGCGGGGUACACGCUGGACACGUCGAUGGACGAGGCGACGUACUUUCCCGGAAGGCAGGCGGCGAUCGUCAGGGACGGGCGGCGGAUCGGCGUCAUGGGCGUGGUGCACCCGACGGUGCUCGGAAAGUUUGACAUCGUCAACCCGUGCUCGGUGCUGGAGCUGGACUUGGAGCCGCUCGUGGACAUCGACAUGUGA